CUUGUCGCAUUCUCCCCGCAGGGAAAUUUGCGCGGGUUGUCCGUUGCCGCCCAUCACUCGCCGCGACGCCGACGCCCAGCUCACGGCGGAGAAGCUCAGCUUGAGGGAGCUGCGGUCGAGGUGCGCCUCACGCGGCCUCCUGACAACCGGCACAAAGAAUGUCCUCCUCACCCGGCUGCGUCAGCACGGUGUGUCGCAGCCGACGGGACCGGUGCCAUGGUCGGAGCGGGACGGCGAGGGGCAGGCAGAACAGCCGGUGGAGAGUGGGGAAUGUGGCGGUGCUCUGCCCGGGCGAUUCAUGUCGACGCACGAGGAGCAGCUCGAACACUCGCAGCGGCUGCGAACACCGUUCCGAUCGCCAUCUACCAGCCGCCCGUCGUCACCGCGCCCAAGAGAUCAGCCACGGAUACGCAGGCUCGUGGGCACCCCACAAGAGUUUGUUGCUGCGCCAAGACAGGAAGCGAAGCGCGAGGAUCGCGUUGGUGGGUCCUUGGCACACGUUGCUUCAGAGGAAAAGGUCUCGCGAUACCAAUGGCGAAUUCUUGUUGACAACCGAGAGCGCAUCCACGGUGCCCAUGGGCGCGUGAUAGAAGCCUUCACGACGGCUGGUGUUCCCACUGCAUCCUGCACGCUUCCAUGUGGUGACUUCAUGAUUGGGAUCGACAUGCCCGGUGACAGCUGUGGGAGCCACGCCAGUCCCCCAACUGCGAGGGAACUGGACAGUCUUGGCGCCACCCACUCCGUCCCAGCUGCGGGUGAGUGUGGGGAUGCUCCUGCGCAAAGACUCUUUUCUGUUGUUGUGGAACGCAAGACAGUAAAGGACCUCUGUGCAAGCAUUGCGACGUCCCGCUACUACGAGCAACGGCGGCUACUUUCUGUCUCGCCGUUUCGGUCGGUGGUGUGGGUGGUGGAGGGAACCACCGAACUGCUGCGCCCCGAUGAACGGCGUCGUGUCUUGUCGGCUUGCGCUUCGCUUGCCGCGGUGCCACGCUUCCGUGUCAUCCGCACGCGCCACCUGAAGGACACCGUCUCUUGGUUGCGCUCCCUUGGAGUUGCCCACGUCACGGCGCUGGCAAAUGCCGCGCGGAGUGGCGCACGACCACCACAGCUGGCCGACUGUGCGACCUGCCUCAACGUGACCGCGAGGAUAAAGCGAGCACUCCGCGCGCGCACUACCUUUGCCCGCAUGCUUAUUUGUGUUCGUGGAUGCUCGUCCGGGUUUGCGACACAGCUUGCGUGCAAGUAUGGUUCCUUCUUGCAGUUGUGGAGGCGCUUGAGGUGUUGUGGCCGCGAGGCAUGCGACGCGGACAUGGACGUGCGCCGCCUGAGCAGCACGCAGAGGGAUGUGUACGUGCGGCUGACGGAGUUUCUCCUUGCGGAGGAGUAUUGUUGA